AUGUCACCCCAGCCGGACGCCCAAGGAAAUACCUCACCCCCCGCAUCGGUGAGGUCGACGGCCAGCCAUGGACUGCCCACGCCCGACGCCGAGCACGACCAAGUGACGCCCAAGAGCCUCGCGCAGACGGGCCGUUCACGCACCGCGCCCAUUGUCAACGAGAGCAAUCUCUGGAAGUCGUCAAUUGACCGCCCCCAGCUCGACGAGCGCGACAGCAUCUUCGCAACCACGUACCUCGUCUCCGACAGCCCCAUCUCCUCCCCGCGGGCCAGCGCACGCAAUGUAGAUUCUGCCAACGAUGCUCCCGAACACAGUCUGGCUGAGAUGGCAGCGCCAGCACCUCCCCAGAGGCGAUUGAUGGAUCCGCCCAUCAUACGCAGGAAGCAUUCCACCCUUCCUGCGCCUUCUUCCAUCGACCACCAGGCCGUCCUGACUACCCCCUUUAACCCCCGCGCAGCCAUUGCCGCCGGCAUGACUUUCGACGCCAUCCAUCACAGUCCUCCGCCCUACAUGAGCCCAGUCGACUCGCCCGUACAACACCCCACCACCCCGCCACGUCCCGAGCUUCAAUACGAGGCUUUGCUGGAGAGCGAAGAGAGGCGCAGGAACAGGGAGUGGCGCGAAGGGAAGCCUGUACCAUUUAAGGGCAACAUGAUCUUGGAUCAGCCCGUCAUGGACGUGGAAAUGGAGAAGAAGAUUGAAGCAACGCUUGCCAAGACCGAACAACCCACUUCCGCACGCAGUCGAAAAGCAAGUCACUAUCUGCGUGUAUUCAAGGAUGGCGAUCCUACCGAAGAGCCGAAGAAGAAGGACAACAAGACAAAAGAGCGUCCUUCUGCUGAGAGGACCCUGUCCGCACUUUCAGAAGAAGGCUCAACCGAGACUAUCGGCCUCAUUGACCAGCUGCGCCGCGCAUCACUAGCUUCCUCCGUCGUGCAAUCACCUCUAGGCGGUCCGACUGAUUCAUACUUCGAUGCGAAAGCGGCGCCCCGCACCGAGUCAGGCGUUGCCUCUCCACCUCCCAACGGAAGCACGCGACCAGACGCAAGUUCUCAGGACAAGCACAAAUUCCCAAGGCGUCUUCUCGAGGACAUUCGCGGCUUCGGCAACCUGACUCCUGGUGCGGACCCACGGUCUUCGUUCUCUCGCAGUCUACCCACAUCAGCUGUCGAAAAGGUUCACGCGCAUGCACCAACGAACGGAGCGACACCUUAUGACGAGCCGUCCGAUUAUUUUCAGGUUAAAGACGGAGGCGAUAAAGAACGUACGCCAGGCUCGGAGGAAGAUGAAGAAUCGGAAAAAGAACAGAUCUCUUCGGCUCUCUACUUUCCCCAUCGCCGGCUUAAGACAAGUGAGCAGGUGCCUACAGAACCACAGAACCGAGAUAGAGAGGUGAAUGCUGUCGAUAAGCGGGCUUCAACUCACGAGGUUGCGGGGCCGAAAGGGUGGGCCACAGAGAAGGAUGUUCAAACUCCACAAGAAGUAGAAAUUUCUCUAAAGGCCCAAGAUACCAAUCAAUGCCUUCAUGGUGAUAUCUCCACGGCGACUUCCUUGAAGAAAGAUAAAGAGCAGCCGCUGACCGCUCCCGAUGCGCUCUCAGCUGAAUCUGAGUCUGAGUCGCACGCCGAGUCUACUCAAUCAAAUCUUGGUUAUGAAUCCAGUGCGACUGAUGAACUAGGAACGACGCCCACUGCGACUUCGCAUAAACAGGAACCUAAGGCUGCUGCCCCUCAGGUGGCUCAGCCGCCGGCCCCACUGGGUGCUGUGGAGCUGAAGCCAUACGAUCACCAAGUUGGCGGUCAUUCUACUGUUUACCGUUUCUCUAGGCGAGCAGUAUGCAAACAGCUAAACAAUCGAGAGAAUGAGUUUUACGAAACAGUGGAGCGGCAGCAUCCUGAGCUGUUGGAAUUCUUGCCAAGAUACAUCGGCGUGUUGAACGUGACCUACCGAAAAGCCCCCAAGAAGAAGAAGGUUGCCAAAGACAAAGCGAAAUCUGAUGCUGCUCCCACUGCUUCAGCGACGCAGUCGGAAAGCGCGUCAAGACAGGCUUCAAAGGCUCCCGAAGACCGGGGCAAUGCGGAACAACCUCGAGUGGUCAGCCACUCGCAGCAGAUUAUGCCCAUCCCCCAGGUCAUCUUUGAGAACAAUCGGCACAUAAUCCCAGACAAUCUGUUCCGCGUGCCACCACGCUCCACCACCCCAGAUCCAUGGAUGCGCAAUGCUUCCUUGUUGCAACAACAACAUCGACGAAACCAAAGUGACUAUGGUCACAUUUCUACGAGCCCGAGUCGGCCCCCAUUGCAGCAUGCUAGCAGUUGGGGUGUGACGACGAUCAACAGAGAGCUACAGGAGGAGAACGUGGCUGGCUCUGCGCCUACGAUAAGGAGGAACAGCACAGAUGUAGCUGGAUUGCAUCCACCGCUCACAGAAGAGUCUACACGGAAACAAGUUCUGAAAGCUGAAGCGCACCGCUUCGCCUCGGAAAGGAGCGCUGAUGCUGCCGUUUCCAGCUCCCUUGGCCAGCCAGACACCACCGCCGAUGCCCUGAAGCCGCCAUCGAACAAUCUUCCCCGCCGUCGUCAUUCUGGCAGUGGACUUACUAGAAGACCCUUGGGGAUAGAUACUGUCCAGAGACAUAACCUAGAAUACUACGAAGAGGAUGGCUACGGUGGUGACGCAGAGGAGGAAGUAUUUGCUAUGGACGAGGAUCGCAAUGCCAUGUCAGACGCAAAAGAUCAGCACCGAGGCCGAUCUGUACAAGCAUCUGGCGCAACAAACGGGGUUCAUCCCCAGAUACCAUCAGAAGGCACAAUGCUACCAGCCCCUGCUGCACCAAAUGGCAACGGCGCCCUGCUUGGCGAUGAGCCUUCUAAUCCCGAAGAAGCGCAACAACAACCCGACGAGCGCGUUCAGCACUUCAUCCUUCUGGAAGACCUUACUGCAGGCAUGUCCAGGCCUUGUGUCUUGGACCUGAAAAUGGGCACGCGGCAGUAUGGAGUGGAAGCCGAUGAGAAGAAACAAAAGUCUCAAAGACGCAAGUGUAAGAUGACGACGAGUGCUCAGCUCGGCGUACGUGUUUGCGGCAUGCAGAUUUGGAACGCCAAAACCCAAAGCUACAUCUUUGAAGACAAGUAUUUCGGUCGCGACUUGAAGGCUGGCAGAGAGUUUCAGGACGCAUUGAAGCGCUUCUUCUGGGACGGGACAAGUUACAAAGCAGCGACAAGACAUAUCCCUGUCAUACUGGAGAAGAUCAGUCAGCUGGAGCGCAUGAUACGGAACCUUCCAGGCUACCGAUUCUACGCAAGCAGCUUACUGAUGCUCUACGAUCGUGGGGAUGGAGAGUCGAAGGAGAAAGACGCGCAACCUUCACUGCCCAACGGUUUGUCGAACCCGAGCAGCGAAGACGUCUCAGUAAUACCAUCCGGACCCACAUCACCUGGCCCGACAACCGCCUCUAAGCCGACACCUAAGCAUCUUCCAGAGAUUAAGCUCAAGAUCGUCGACUUCGCCAACUGUGUCACCGCAGAAGACCCGCUGCCUGACGACUUACCUUGCCCACCCCAGAACCCGGACGGCAUUGAUAGAGGCUACCUCCGUGGUCUGCGAUCGCUGCGGCUCUACUUCCAGCGCAUCUGGCACGACAUCAACGAAGAGUGGGUUGAACGAGGCGAGGGCGAAGGUAUGGCACGCAACCAUCACCACGGCCCUGGCCUAGGUGAAGUCGGCGCGGGCUGGAUGGACGAUGCCGGUGGUGAAGACACAGGCUAUGCCAGCUUCUAA